GUCCGAUGCGCGGUGGUGGGUUUGUUUGCAACUUUGCAUCAUCUCUGGUAAGCCUGGGUCCUGCUUGGGUUGGGGUUUGGUCGGCGAACCAAGGACAGGAGCGGAAUGACCGAGGGCCAAUUCUCCACAACCUGCGGCCGACUCGGCGAGGCCGUCGACCUCCACAUCUGCCCCGUCAGGGCCGGAUGAAUGCCAUGGACGAGGCUGUCGCAGUGUUGCCUUUGAAUUCUUCCUCCAAUGCUCCCUCAAACUAAGCGAGCAAUCGAUGGGACGUGGUGCCGCUGGCUGCUGGCUGGCAUAUUCGAGCGAGCCGCGUCAUGCCGGGACAAAGACGAGAGGGAACAUGGAACACCUUAUUGGCC